CUCCCAUCACAUUAUCGUGAUAUAAAAUUUUAAAAAGAAAACUUAAAAUAGAUGUGACCCAAUAAGGGGGAGAUGCAUUUAAUAGUUUAGGGGAAAAGAUUGACAAAGAUGCAAACAAAUGAGUUUAAAAUGGCAAAAAACCAGUGAGAAUGGUCUACACCAACCCCUGAAUCAUUUCUCUUUUCCUCCCAUUGGCUAUCACUAAAGAUUUCAAGAAAUCAAUUUCCAAGAAAUAAGUGGAAUUUUAUUUAUUCUAAUAAUUGAUUAAUAGUUCACAGAUUAUGGGAGGAGGAAGGAAGGAAGAGAUACAGUUGGUGAGUGUGUUUUAGAUGAUCAUAUUGGAAUAAGUGUAUGAAGAAGAAGAGUUGGAACCUUAAACGACAACCUGGGAAAGCACGGGGAGUUGGGAAUUCUGGAUUGUUUCCAUGAAAUCACGACGGCGCUUGCUUUUGCUAGGAUGACUACCGACUCAGCUUAUCGUGUUGAUACCACUUCACGCCUUGCGCAAUGGCGAAUCGACAAUUUGGCUUCUUGUACUUACAGGAAAUCGGAUCCUUUUAAGAUCGGCAACUGGAACUGGCGUUUGGUUUUGGAGAAGAAUCGAUCUUUGUUCAUCAAAUUAUACCCGGAGAUCACGAGUUUUACGAAAGACAACCCUCCGAUUGCUUCCUUCAUUAUUCGGGUGGUUUCUUCAUUGGGAGGUCGUAAGGCCUUGGUUCAUCCAGAAAUUAGAGAUAAGCCGCUUAAAAGCAGCGAGGAUUUUGUUUGGGCACUUGAGGUUCCACUUGCGGGCAAAUUUAUCAUCGAUCUUGAAUUUCUUGAUCUUAAGACUGCAUCUCCAAAUGGUGGUGAAUCUUGCUCGGUUUGGACUGAAGUGUUUACACAAAAGGAAUCACGAGCAACAGCUCUAUCAUCCCUUGGCAGAAUGUUAUCAGAAAGUAUUCACACGGACAUCAUCAUCAAUGCUUCCGAUGGAAGCAUUGGGGCCCACCGUGCUGUCCUUUCUGCACGGUCACCAGUCUUUCGAAGCAUGUUCUCCCAUGACCUGAAAGAAAAAGAAAUGUCUGUCAUAAACAUCUCCGACAUGUCCAGUGAAUCUUGUCAAGCUUUUCUAAGCUACAUAUAUGGUAACAUCGUAGAUCAAGACUUUCUAACUCACAGGCUUGACCUUCUCAGAGCAGCUGAUAAGUACGAUAUUAUGGAUUUAAAAGAAGCAUGCCAUGAAAGUCUGUUAGAAGAUAUUGAUACGAAUAAUGUGCUCGAGAGGCUUCAAAACGCUUCUCUGUACUGUCUGCCGAAGCUGAAGAUUUGCUGCAUGCAGUAUCUUGUGAGGUUUGGUAAGAUAUUUGAUAUUUUAGAAGAAUUCGAUGCAUUUAUAGAGUCUGCAGACAGGGAACUAAUAGGAGAAGUCUUCAAUGAAGUUCUUUCGGUCUGGAAAGGUUUCUAAUACCUUGCUCAACCUGAAAAUAUAUAGAUAUAUGUAGCAUUGUUAAGUUGAUUAUUUGUUGCAUCUAUUGAUUUAUGAAACUGGCUGUGCCUCAAGAUUUGUUUUGUACAUAAUUUAUUGUCAUAUAAACUGGAUUACACGGUGAAUUGCAUCCGUUUGUGUACAUGUACAAAAUAGCUUUGCUCAAUGAAAAGAAUAUACA